AUGGAUCCUUCUCAAUGCUCGAUCGUCGUUGUAUUUCAUCCUGCACCAACUCCCUUCUUAAUCGAGAACACAGAGAAUGAUGAUGAUCACUCCAUAAAACAACCUGAAUACGCUGCCAAACUCGAGUCUGUCUUUGGUCAAGUCUUUUAUCAUACAAACCUCGUCUCUGCUUUCGAUCGAGUCCAGCAUGCCUCCACUCCCACCAUUCUGUUGAUUGAUCUCGAUAACACCUCAUCCGUUACCACCAUUCAUGACGACAAUGACGACGAGACUGUAUACUCUUAUUCAUGCUCUUAUUCAUGUGCACCCUCCUCGUCAACGGCCCUGAAUGAUCCACGACUUGCCCUGAUACGAAAUAGUGUGUGCACCGUGCCCGACAAUGUGCCAGUGAUUGCGUGCGGUACUGACGACAAUACACCAUGGAUGAUCGAGUGCAUGCAUGCAGGUGCAGUGGAUUAUCUCUUGAAACCAUUACCAAUGACGGUUAUCAAAACAUUAUUUCUGAAAUUACACCGAUGCCGACCCGAUUCUAAAAUGCACCAAGUUGCAUCGUUUUUGCCAUCCUCACCCUCGCUUCCUGAUAAUGCCAUGUCAGCUGCUUCGACUCUUUGUUCUGACGAUGCCCUGCAGCAUCGCAUUCAAGAUAUCUUUAGCAAAGGAAAUCGAUUUACGCAAACGAUUCUAGACAUUUAUGCAUCCCCUUCAUCAGCAGCAACAACAGCACGCGUUUCUGGCUUUCGGGGCUUAUCUGGUGAACGUGCCACAUUGUUGAAACACAAAGUUUCCAGCUGGGAUUUCAACCCCUUUGACUUUGGCCACGAUGAUCUCGUUUAUUGUGCCUAUUUGAUCUUUGAGCAAGCUUUGGUCUUACCAGGUUUAUUUCAACUCCCCAUUAGUCAAGACCAGUUGUACGACUUCAUUAUUGAAUUAUCGGGUGCUUACCAUGAUGGGAACCCCUAUCACAACUUUGCCCAUGCCAUCGAUGUCUUGCAGUGUUUGUACUACUUUCUUUGUCGUCUCGGCUUGCUCUCGUUUGCCAACAAGCCCCAAGAUCAUCAUCAACAACAAGGCCUUCCUCAACACAUUCUUCGUCCCAAGGAUAUCUUUGCACUUUUAAUUGCCGCCAUCGGUCACGAUGCUGCGCACCCGGGUGUCAACAAUGCAUUUUUGAUCAACUCGGCUUCGCCUUUGGCAUUGCUCUAUAGCGAUCGUUCGGUGCUCGAAAGUCUUCAUUCAAUGACCCUCUUUCAAAUCAUUCAAAAACAUGGUCUUGAUCAAAUCGGUGGUGGACCUUCGUCACCUGAUUAUCUAGAGUUUCGAAAAACUGUUGUCACAAGCAUCUUGGCAACCGAUAUGGCUCACCAUGGCGACUAUGUUGAAAAAAUUCAUGCUCAGGCUCAAAGGAUAUCCCAAGGCAAUUUCCAAUCACUCGACGAUGCUUCAUGCGAAAACGAGCGACUCACUCUUUGCAGUGCACUGAUAAAGUGUGCUGACAUUAGCAAUGUGACUCGACCCUUUCUACGUGCUGCUAGGUGGGCAGAGUUGCUCGUACAAGAAUGUGUAUCUCAAGGUGAUUUGGAACGUGCUAUGGGCUUACCAAGCUUGCCAAUGAAUGAUCGCGACAAGAUUGUCUUGGAAGACUCUCAAAUUGGAUUCAUCCGUUUUGUUGCGCUUGGCCUUUUCCAAAGUGUAUCCAAAGUUCUUCCUGAAAUGUCAUUUACGGUGGAAUACAUUCAAUCGAAUUUGAAGCGAUGGGAGAAUCGUAAAAGUGCCAGUCAUGAUUCAGGCGUUGGCAGCUUAACAGAAGACAAUGAUCCCUUGGAAACGGUUGGAUGCAAACGAAGGAGCAACAGCCUUGAUUGUCACGCAAAUGCAGUGGAGGUACUUCGUAAACGACUUUCCUUGGAUACCGGAUACCAUCGACACCAUGCAGCAGCAGCAGCCAUGGCAGCAGCAGCUAGAAGAAGAAGUGCUGGUUCGAUUCCUGAAUGCGAAGCUGUGUUUCACAAAUUACCUACGAUGCCAGCCUACGCACGCAUUGAUCAUGUGGAACGUGAAAGUGCUCCUGCCAUUGAUCAUCACCAUCAUCAUCAUCAUCACCAUCAUGAUUAUGAGGGCGGCCCUGUGUUUUGUCAAUGCACCAUUCAAUAA